CCGAGCCAGCGCAGCCCGAUCCCGCUCAGGUACCGCCGGGACCCCGCGCCGCCCCCCGGGCUGCGGCACAGGGAGGGAGCGGAGCGGGGGGAGGACGAGAAGGGGGCUGCGAUCUGGAGCCGGACCCCAGCGCGACCCCCGCGCCGAGCCACCCGCCCCGGGUGUCCCGCAGCCGCCGCCGCCGCUCGUCCCGUCCCGUCCGGCCAUGCGAGCCCCGGCCCCGCUGGCGCUGGGUUGCGUCAGCUUCGCGCUGUGCCUCCUGCAGCUGCCCCACGGCCGGGCCCUGCCGCCGCGCAGGGCCCCCCCGGCGCGGAGCCCCCCGGAGGGGAUCCCCGCUCUCCCCGGAGACCCCCCGGCCCCGCAGCCCAUCGGGACCCUGCGACACCGAGCGCCGGUUCCGCGGCACGGCCCGUGGGUCGCCCUCCGGCACCGCCCGCUCGCCCCCCGGCCCCCGCCGUGGCACGUCCGGCGCCUCAUCCUGCGGCACGACCCCCGGCGGGACCCCCGCCCGGCCCGGGGCCGCCGCCACGCCGGGCGACACCUGGUGCGGGUGGGCUGCGUGCUGGGCACCUGCCAGGUGCAGAACCUGAGCCACCGCCUGUGGCAGCUGCGGGGACAGUGGGGGCGCCGGGACUCGUCCCCCAUGAACCCCAACAGCCCCCACAGCUACGGCUGAG